AGUGAUAAACUGAUGAUUAGAAUGGCGGAGGUCGAAGAGUCAACCAUUCUUACCGUUAAGAGGCAAGGCGCGCUAACGCGGCUAGAUGGCAUCGUUUAAUUAACUACUCCGCAUUAGGGUUAAUAUUUGAAUUGGGGAAUUGCCAUAUUUAAUCCCCAUUAAACUCUCGCCGCCGGCUUUAUAUCAAGAAAUAGAGAUGGGGUUCUUGAAAGAAAAAGGAGAAGAAUAUGAUGAUGAUCUUCAUCUUCUUCUUGGUUGCAAUCCCGCCAAGAAAAAGAGGUCUUUUCCUACCAGGAUGCGGCCCAGAUGUGACAUCAACGAUGGGUUUUUGAGACCCGUCUUUCCCAUCCAUCAGCCGCAGCAAACAUUGACUCCAUUCGACUGGCUCUUGCACGCUGCUGAGAUUGCCCUGCAAGAAUUUGAGAAUGAGAAGAAGAAGAAAAAGAAGAGUGAAAUCGCUCUUGAAAUUCAUCCGGAUGCAUCCACGGAGCUGAAUGAGAACAAGAGAAAGAGAAAGGCUUCUUCUUCUGCAAGUCACCCUCAUACAUUAUUGAACAAAGACAACAAGAACAAGAGGAGGAAGGUGACUAAUAACAGUGCUUCUUGUUGCGCAGCAGUGGAGCUGCCACCAGAGUUCAAGCAUAUUGUGACGAAGAUGGGAGGGAAGGCGGAGGAGGCGGUUCUCGUCAUCCAAAAGAAGCUCUUCCAGACUGACAUCGAACCAAACAAUGGCAGAUUCUCUAUUCCAUCAAAACAGGUGGCCAACGACUUCUUGACACCUGAAGAGAAGCACACUCUCCACUCUGGAACAAAGAUUGAAAAUAUUCAGUUUAUAGAACCCAACUGCACCUCUGUCUGCCAUAUCACCCUGAGGAAGUGGGAUAUGUCUGCCAACUGCAUUUACAAUUUGACCACCAAUUGGAAACACGUCCAGAGGAGGAAUGGGUUGAUCAAAGGCGACCUCGUCCAGCUUUGGGCCUUUAGGGUGUUGAUCAAUUCUUAAACAUAAAAUAUAAAUUAGGGAUUUAAUCAUGUGUACCUGAUAAUCCUGUAAACGCAGUUAGGGAUGAGGCCAUGAUUCUCACACAGAUCGAGUUCCCUUUUAGGGUGUAUUGUUAUGAUGGCUAAGUUUGGGUCGCUGCUCAGGCGAGCCGGCUUCCUCCCCAUUAGAUCUAAAUAUAUCUCUAAAUAGAUCGUGACAUCCUCUUUGUUUCCGAUUCGUGUUUUCAUUUUUUAGAUCUACUUUUUCAAUUUUUUGGACGAAGGGGGAGAUGGAGUGUGACCAUUGGGUUGUGUUGACGGAAGAUUGGAGGAGUUGGGAGGCUGACUGGGUGAAGGAGAAUGAUUGGGUAUUUUGGGAAAGUCAAACACAUUUUUACUCUACCUUAAUUUGCGUGCCGGGUCAAACCAUUUGGACGACGGAGGGAAGGGAAAACAUUGGGGGGUGUGAAUGGCGAAAUCUCUCGGACUGACGUGCAGGAGGAUGAACCAGCCAAGGAAGCAACCGAUGCUGUCGAAUAUGCUCCGCCACUCCACUACCGGCCUCGAUCGGCAUAGCCAUUGUUGCCUUCGGUAUAUACCGCCACCGCGUGGGCGGAGCCGCCUGCAAUCAGAUCUAUGCUCAUUCGCAUUCUGAAUCGCAUUCUCACUGAUCGAGAACAAUCAUCGCUUACAAGCAGGUGAUGAUUCACUGAGAGUUGCGAUGCCUAUUUGCAGUAACAUGAUCAAGGAAUUUAAAGGUUUAAGAAGUUUUAAAAUAGUAUUCACUAUAAAUUUCAAAAUUAAACAGUAAAUUGACAGAAACAUG